CUUACAACAUGUGCUGGAACCGUUAUGUCUGGAAUGGAUGGAUCGGGGGUUUAUAAUUGAGGUAGAUCCCCAGCCAUACUCUCUAUUCUUCAGUAGACAUCUUACCCAUUUCAUUCUCUCGAUGUAUCUUACGCAAUGGAUGUCAAACCUACCACCAACCUCGAUGACUACCAACUUGCUCAACUGGGUCAUUCCCAGUCCUUCAAGCGCAACUUCAGUCGCUGGACAAUGCUGGGGUUAGCUUUUGCUAUCCUUAACUCUUGGACUGCGCUUGCAGCAUCUCUUUCACUCGCCCUACCAUCAGGCGGACCUGUUGCUGUGAUCUGGGGAUUAGUCACGGCUGGUAUCUGUAAUCUCUCACUUGCUGCAAGUCUAGCUGAGUUUCUGUCAGCACAGCCAACAUCUGGCGGACAGUACCAUUGGGUGGCUACUAUUGCACCUGCGUCUUUGAAGAUUCCACUGUCUUGGAUCACGGGUUGGAUCAAUCUCAGUGGCUGGGCCUGUCUGGUUGCGACGAACUGUUCCUUGUCGAGUACUCUCAUCAUCAACAUCAUCUCGCUUCAAAACCCCAGCUACGAGUUCCAGAGAUGGCACCAAUUCCUCAUCUACCUCGGUAUCGCCUUUAUCGCCUUCGCAACCAAUGCCUUCCUUCAUUCGGUCCUACCUCGCAUCAACGGUCUUGCACUUGUCUGGAGUAUCGCCGGCUUCUUCAUCAUUUCCAUCACAGUGCUCGCGUGCGCUGCCCCAGACUAUGCCACAGCCGACUACGUAUUUGCUACCUUCAUCAAUACAACUGGGUGGCCAGACGGCAUUGCCUGGCUCCUUGGUCUCCUGCAGGGAGGACUUGGACUUACAGGAUUCGAUGCCGUUGCUCACAUGAUUGAAGAAAUUCCCAAUGCAGCGAGCGAGGGUCCUAAGAUUAUGCUUUACUGUCAGUACAUCGGCAUCUCAACUGGCUUCCUGUUUCUCAUCGUGGUGCUCUUCGUGUCUGGUGGCAUCAAGAACGCCGAUACCAUCAUUGGCUCGACUGCCGGUCCCUUACUCGAGAUCUUCUACUUGGCCACCAACAGCAAAGUUGGAGCCAUAUGCCUGCUCAUGUUUCCUCUUCUCUGCCUUGUCUUUGCAGCCAUCGCAGUCAUGACGACUUCAUCUCGUAUGAUGUUUGCAUUCGCAAGAGAUGGUGGAUUGCCCGCAUCGCGUAUCUGGUGGAAGGUUCACCCUACGCUUGGCGUACCGAUGAACGCCCUUUAUCUCAAUGUUGUAAUUGUGGUCAUCUUUGGCUGUAUCUACCUCGGGUCUACUGUUGCCUUUAACGCUAUCGUCGCAUCUUCUGUGGUGGCUCUUGGUCUCAGUUAUGGCAUUCCCAUCGCCCUCCACCUUGCACGUGGUCGAUCUCAAUUGCCCGAGGGAGCCUUCAAACUACCCAACUGGCUUGGAUGGACAACAAACAUCAUCGGGUUAGUCUAUACCAUCGUUACCACCGUGCUCUUCCUAUUUCCUCCAGCAUUGCCCGUUGACGGGACUACGAUGAACUACUGUGUUGUUGCAUUUGGGGUUAUUGUCGUCAUAUCGGCCAUUCAGUGGGUUGUGGAUGGAAGGAAGAACUUUGAAGGACCUCGAAUCACGAUAGGCGAACAUGACAUGGCAGAAAGGGAUGUUGAGGAAUGAUGGCCUGUUACCUAUGGCGCGGUUCAUUCUGUAGUAACUUUAUGGUCGCUUUAGGAACGCAAAAAAAGCUCUUGCUGUGCAAUAAUCAUGU